GUCUCUACAGCCGUCAGUUUCUGGGACCCCGAGCUUCAAAUAGAGUAGUUGCAGCUGCAGAAGUUUGCUGCACACAACAUUGUGAAUUGACAUUUUGUACAAUUAGUUAAUAAGGCGAACUGGCACGAAUUUGAAUUAAUGUGACCGACCAAAGGAAAGCGAAAAGCUAGCUGCCAUGACUGUAGUAAUUGGAUUUGAGGGCAGUGCCAAUAAGAUCGGCAUCGGAAUCAUCAGGGAUGGUGAAGUGCUUUCCAACCCGAGACGGACCUACAUUACCCCCCCUGGUCAAGGCUUCAUGCCUAGUGACACCGCCAGGCACCACCGCGCUGUCAUACUGACUGUCCUGAAGGAGGCGCUGGAGCAAGCAGGGCUGAAGCCUGCAGACAUUGACUGUGUGGCAUACACAAAAGGUCCUGGUAUGGGUGCCCCUUUGGUAACAGUGGCUCUGGUGGCCCGUACGGUCGCACAGCUUUGGGGGAAGCCGCUCCUUGGCGUCAACCACUGCAUUGGACACAUUGAGAUGGGCCGACUCAUCACACAUGCUGACAACCCCACCGUGCUUUAUGUCAGUGGAGGGAACACGCAGGUUAUUGCAUACUCAGAGCGACGGUACAGAAUAUUUGGGGAGACCAUCGACAUUGCAGUUGGCAACUGUCUGGACAGGUUCGCUAGAGUUAUAAAGAUUUCCAAUGACCCCAGUCCAGGCUACAACAUAGAGCAGAUGGCCAAAAAAGGGAGUCAGUAUGUAGAGCUGCCAUAUACGGUAAAAGGAAUGGACGUCUCAUUCUCUGGGAUUUUAUCAUAUAUUGAGGAAGCGUCCCAUAAGAUGUUGAGCUCGGGGCAGUGUGCAGCAGAGGACCUGUGUUUCUCCCUGCAGGAGACUGUGUUUUCCAUGCUGGUGGAGAUCACAGAGCGGGCCAUGGCUCACUGUGGCUCCAAAGAGGUCCUUAUUGUUGGGGGUGUUGGCUGUAACCUGCGUCUGCAGGAGAUGAUGGGGGUGAUGUGUAAGGAGAGAGGAGCCAAGCUGUUUGCCACAGAUGAACGGUUCUGCAUAGACAAUGGAGCAAUGAUUGCUCAAGCCGGCUGGGAGAUGUUCAGGUCUGGGCAGGUGACGGCGCUGGAAGACUCGUGGAUUACACAAAGGUACAGAACAGAUGAAGUGGAGGUGACGUGGAGAGACUGAUGGAGCCACAUAUGUUGUUGGAGCAGGUCUGUCAUGACGAUGGAACAUUUUUUGUUGAGGUGGUGGACGACCAUAGAUCCCUGAUAGUAACCGCUCACCUGAAACAAAGCUGAGUGGAGGUCACGUUUACAAUGUUACAUUUACCCAGUGCAGCUUUUCCCUACAAAAAAAAUCUCUGGCACUUUAAUUUGGUGUUUAACUGUUGUACUUUGUAACUGUCAGGAAGAGAAACAUGAUUUUUAACUGUACAGCAGUAAAACUUCAAAUUAAAAAAAAAGAUUAAGAUGGAACAUGUCAAGUUUAUUCAUUUUAUUAAGCAAUACUGUUCACUUACAUUCCUCCUCUUUCUCCAGUGUAAAUUUAUUUAUUCAAUACAUUUUCUUUCAAAAAUCAACAUACUGAACAUGGUGAGAUUCCUAAUGGUUUUAUGAGUAACAUUCACCCGAUUAGGGAACCAAAUAAAAACAAAAAGGACACAGCAUUAAGAUCUGAUGGGGUAAAGGUUGCCUUUGACUACAACCCCUCUGUAAACUGAAGACACAGAUACACAAAUCCUCUGCAUACAUGAACCAUAAAACUGAAGCAGGUACAAGACAGUCUGUUUCUAAUCGGGGG